ACACUGAACAGAAAGUAAUCUUCGACACUGCCAUUGCUUAACCUACGGGAGAGAGCACCAAAAUGGCAGAGAAUCAGGAACUGUUCUGUUGCUCCGUCUGUCUGGAUCUACUGAAGGAUCCGGUGACUACUGCCUGUGGACACAGUUACUGUAUGGGCUGUAUUAAAGAAAGCUGGGACCAGGAUGUUCUGAAAGGGGUCUAUAGCUGUCCACAGUGCAGAGAGACCUUUAUCCCAAGGCCUGUUCUGAAGAGAAACAUUGUACUGGCUGAAGUGGUGGAGAAACUGAAGAAGCAAAGACUGCAGGCUGCUCCCUCUCCUGCUCUGUGCUAUGCUGGACCUGGAGAUGUGGCGUGUGAUUUCUGCACUGGGACCAGAAAGCAGAAAGCCCUCAUGUCCUGUCUGGUGUGUCUGGCCUCUUACUGUGAGACUCACCUCGAACCUCACUAUGAAUCUCCUGCAUUCAAGAAGCACAAGCUGGUCAAAGCCACGGCACAACUACAGGGGAAGAUCUGCUCUCAUCAUGACAAACUGCUGGAGGUUUACUGUCGUACCGAUCAGCAUUGUAUCUGUCUGCUGUGUACAAUGGAUGAACAUAAAGGCCAUGAUACAGUGUCAGCUGCAGCAGAGAGGACUGAGAAACAGAGGCAGCUGGGGAUGAGUCAGCAGAAGGUCCAGCAGAGAUUCCAGGAGAGAGAGAAGGAGCUGAAGGAGCUCCAACAGGCUGUGGAGACUCUCAAGCUCUCUGCACAAGCAGCAGUGGAGGACAGUGAUCAGAUCUUUACUGAGCUGAUCCGCUCCAUUGAGAGAAGGCGCUCUGAGGUGAAGGAGCUGAUCAGAGCCCAAGAGAAGGCUCAAGUGAGUCAAGCUGAAGGACUCCUAGAGCAACUGAAGCAGGAGAUAGCUGAGCUGAGGAAGAGAAGCACUGAGCUGGAGCAGCUCUCACACACAGAGGAUCACAUCCAUUUCCUCCAGAGUUAUCAGUCUCUCUCCAGUAUCAGUGUAUCUUCAGACUUACCCAGCAUCGUUGUCCGUCCUCUUCAGUACUUUGGAGAUGUGAGUAAGACUGUGUCUGAACUGAGAGAGAAACUAAAAUACUUCCUUAAAGGAGAAUGGAACCAGAUCUCCACUACAGUGAAUAUAGUGGAUUUUGUACUGCCUCCAGAGCCCAAGACCAGAGAACAGUUGUUACAAUAUUCCUGUCAGCUCACACUGGACCCAAACACCGCACACACAGAACUCUCUCUGUCUAAAGGGAACAGAAAGGUGACCUGUACAGGUCAAGACCAACAAUAUCCUGACCACCCAGACAGAUUCACAAGCCAUUGCCAGGUUCUGUGUAGAGAGGGUCUGUCUGGACGCUGUUACUGGGAAGUGGAGUGGAAUGGUUAUGUUCUUACAACAGUCUCAUAUAAAGACAUCAGCAGAACAGGGACAGAUAGUGUAUUUGGAGACAAUAACAAGUCCUGGAGUUUACAGUACCAGUGCUCUAGUGGUGGUUAUUGUUUCAGACACAAUACUGAUGUGACUAAAGUAUCAGGCCCUCAGUCCGCCAGAGUAGGAGUGUACCUGGAUCACAAGGCAGGUACUCUGUCCUUCUACAGUGUCUCUGACACAAUGACCCUCCUCCACAGAGUCCAGACCACAUUCACUCAGCCCCUCUAUCCUGGGUUUCAUCUCUACGGUACUGCUGAGCUGGUUAAACUGUAGUAGGGUCCACAUAGAUACUAGUCAUGCUGGUGUAGUCUAUAGCUGAGCUGUUUAAACUGUAGUAGGGUCCACAUAGAUACUAUUCAUACUGGUGUAGUCUAUAGCUGAGCUGGUUAAACUGUAGUAGGGUCCACAUAGAUACUAGUCAUGCUGGUGUAGUCUAUAGCUGAUCUGGUUAAACUGUAGUAGGGUCCACAUAGAUACUAGUCAUGCUGGUGUAGUCUAUAGCUGAGCUGGUUAAACUGUAGUAGGGUCCACUUAGAUACUAGUCAUGCUGGUGUAGUCUAUAGCUGAGCUGGUUAAACUGUAGUAGGGUCCACAUAGAUACUAGUCAUGCUGGUGGUGAUGGUCCCCAGAUAUAAUGGUCUUCUGUACAAUAAUUUGUCUGACUGUAUAGUUUAAUUAAAAUGUAAUGUAUUUAUUUGUUAUCAAAUACAAUGUUUUAAUCUUGUAAAUUUCCAUGAAUCAUGA